AUGGAUGAUUCGACUCACUACGACUGGACUCUGACGUACGUGAUCGUGCUGGCGGUGGCUACAGCGACGACGGGCACCACGUUGCUCCUGUCUUUCAAGCAUAUUAAGGUAGGCGACUCGGCCGUUCAGUACAUCACGUACUCGGUGUGCCGCCUGUACUUCAUCUACUCGCUCGCUCGACUUUUACUCUACGUGGGUGUACUCACUAAUUUCGACGGACUGCGGGACACUCUAGACGCACUUGACGAUGGAGAAUUAAUGGGGGCGCGUGCCAUCUAUUCCGACGGGAAGCAAUUCAAGGCUGUUGCUGUCACUAUCACGUUAAUCGGUGACUGUGCGCUACUGUGUACGACGUUUUUCAUCACGACGUUGGCUUACGAGAUGAAGCGCCUCAUCAUCAAGUCCAUGGAUCGUGGAUUCAAGCGUGAACGUGCUAUUAUUCGUCAGUACUGCUUCCGUGCGUCCUUCAUGGCGGUGGUUUUUGCAAUUUUGAUGGCUAUAUCAGCGUUCCUACCACCCGACGAUUCGAAAACGCUGCAAACUGUUGCCUUCUGGUUCGAACUGGUUUGUGUUUGGGUAUCUGUGCUAUACCCUUUGUACGCUGCAAUAUGGAUCUCACGUCAAAAACGUGCUAGAAGUGCUGUGGACCCAGCGUCAUUACUACUUCACCAACGCAUCAAGACGUUUGUUAUCGUGUACUGUGUGCUGGUAUUCCCGUCCUGUGUAGUGGAAGUACUGGCUCGCCUUAUUGACGACCUCAGCAUGGAAUGGGUCGGGUUGACUCAGAUCCUCUAUUACUUGUCCGGUGCAGGCACAGCCUUCGCUAUCGGCAUCAGCGUCACGUGCUGCUAUCGUGCUCUACGGCCUCUAAUGUCCUCCUCUGUAUAUGAACAGCUUCUGGAAGGCGGGUACUUCCAAGACGAACAGGGUCUAGAUACACUGGACGUGAUCGUGGAGGCUCCUACCCGUCGACCAAUCUUCGUAGUCACCGAUAUUGAAGGCUCCAGUCGCCUAUGGUCCGGCAACUCGCAGGCAAUGGCCGAUGCGCAAUCGAUUCACGACGACUUGUUACGUCAACAACUGCCUCGUUUCCGAGGCUACGAGAUCACGACGGCGGGUGAUUCCUUUCAGCUAGCGUUCCAUUGUGUCCGUGACGCCAUCGGCUGGUGUGUCAGCGUACAAGAGAAGUUGUUGAAGGCGUCUUGGCCGACUGAAUUGCUUAAAUACGACAACGCAGCGCGAGUGUACGAUAUCUGGACGCGACUGCUUUUCAACGGACUUCGAGUGCGCAUGGCAAUCCACGACGGGGACGAGCGGUUGGUGUGCUCGAGACACCCGACCACGGGCAAGAUGACCUAUCUGGGGCUCAGCGAAAUGAUGGCGCGCGAGAUGAGCGAGAUGGGGCAAGGAGGACAGAUCGUCAUGAGCGAAUCGGCUCUCGCUGUUUACAAGGACGAACUGCUUCAGACAUCGUCAAGUGUUGGAAGCGGUGGAACGGCUGAGGAGAAGUUCAAAGUGCAGCCGUUCCCGAAAAACUUUGAGCAGCCGGAAUGGGGCAUUUCACUGCAAAUGCACGAGGUGGUGUCCACUAGAAUUGGAGACCGCUUCAACUCUCGACAUAGCGAGCGACUGCGCUUCCUGCCGCACUUCUGGAGCGACGAUUCGUCCACACGCACCCGGCGUGACAAAGCAGACACGACAUUUACACCCAGAUCGUGUUGAAGCUGUACACACGGUAUUGCAUAUCACUAACGUACAUUACAACAAAGUAAACUGGAUAAUCAUAAUACAAAGCU